AUGAACUUCGGGGUUUCCGCUCAGAGGGACCAAAAGUUGUUCGAAUCUACUCUUUCGAAAAUGAAUAAGAUUGACUAUAUGAUGCGCAAUGCGGGGUUUACAAAAGAGACUUUCAUUAAUAUUGAUGUUCCCAGAGAUACGGUUAGCGAAAAAGAAAUGGACCGUUUGGCAAUAUUGUACUGCGUGGUGCAUAUGGGUGAAAGUCUCGGUGGUGUUAAAGAACAAUACCGUUGGCACGGUAUCAUCUCUAGGGAAGCUUUCGACAUGGUCAAGAAACGGAGAAACUCUUCGGGACACGACUACGAACAUCCAGAAAAGAGAAUGGACUACGAAGAUAUGUGGAUAUUUCUCACCGUUGACUUUGUGAAAAUAAAGGCAAUGAUCGAGGAGGCUAUAAAGAUCUUGGAGGACCAUCUUCACAGCACGGAGGCCGAGAAGACCGCUUAG